UCACAACAGUCGAUAAAAUGCUAAAACGCGAUUGAAAUUGAUCAGGUUGAACUGACUGCUUCACAUAGGCUCAAUAGCCCCGUCCCGAAAGGCUUGGGAUCUGUUGCAGCACAGCGCGUUUACAGCUUGACAAGCGAUUGAGGACGACGCUGUGCCAGACGAGAUCCUCUGUGCUAUACUCCGCUGUGUCGCGUGUGUUGAGGCAAUAGGUGGCAUAAGCGGAGCAAUAAUCGAAUAGUUCGAGUGUGUGUUAGGCUAGCCGACAAAGCUUCACACCAUGGACAGCUUCAACAAUGCGUCAGACUAUUUGUAUUCGACUAUUAAUGCUUUUGUGGCUAAUAGCACUGUUUUCUGUCGAAACUUCAGCAACGACGUGUCUCUUUUCGGAGCGAACGGGUCCGAAUGGGACAGGCCACAAGCUUUGGAUUCGACUCCUGUCAUCAUCGCUAUUAUCAUCACUGCGCUUUAUUCUGUCGUCUGUGUCGUGGGGCUGAUUGGCAAUGUGCUCGUCAUGUACGUUAUUAUCAGGUAUACCAAAAUGAAGACAGCCACCAACAUCUAUAUCUUCAAUCUGGCCUUGGCUGAUGCCCUGGCCACCAGCACACUGCCAUUCCAGAGUGUCAACUACCUUAUGGGUACCUGGCCCUUUGGGGAUGUGCUCUGCAAGAUGGUGAUGUCCAUCGACUACUAUAAUAUGUUCACCAGCAUAUUCACACUCACCACUAUGAGCGUGGACCGCUAUAUUGCUGUCUGCCACCCUAUUAAGGCCCUGGACUUCCGCACACCCCGCAACGCCAAAAUCAUCAACGUCUGCAACUGGAUCCUGUCUUCAGCUAUUAGCCUCCCUGUUAUGAUCAUGGCCACCACUGCCAUCGACUAUAACGCCUCAGGCAGCAUUGACUGCACACUGAUCUUCCCACACCCCUCCUGGUACUGGGAGAACCUGCUGAAGAUCUGCGUCUUCAUCUUUGCCUUCAUCAUGCCCGUCCUCAUCAUCACUGUGUGCUACGGCCUGAUGAUUCUGCGGCUCAAGAGCGUACGCAUGCUGUCCGGCUCCAAGGAGAAGGACCGCAACCUGCGCCGCAUCACCCGCAUGGUGCUGGUGGUGGUGGCCGUCUUCAUCGUCUGCUGGACGCCCAUCCACAUCUACGUAAUCAUCAAGGCACUGGUCAACGUCCCCGGCUCCCUGCUGCAGUCGGUUACCUGGCACUUCUGCAUCGCCCUGGGCUACACCAACAGCUGCCUCAACCCUGUGCUCUACGCUUUCCUGGACGAAAACUUCAAGCGCUGUUUCAGGGAGUUCUGCUUCCCCACUGCCUCGGGCCUGGUGCUGCAGAGCUCCACCCGCACCCGCAACCUGCACCGGGAUGGCAACUCCAGUGGCCUCACCCUGGAGCGGAGCAACCACCAGGUAUGACUAGCCCGGGAGAUGUCCUCCCUGGACUCCCGCUGCCAGCCAUCCAAUGACACAAACUCUGAGGUCACCCAGGUCACCACCAGGCUCUGACAUUUUGGUGGACCCGGCUGUGGUGUAAUGACAGGGUCGAUAAAUGAUUCUGCACAAAGACUGGUCUGCUCCUGCUGAUGUGAUUAUUUGAGCAGCCCCUCUGAAGAGAUAACUGGAGCAUAGACAUAUCAGGGUUUUUCCUGGCUCAAAGUAGGGCUUAGGUGGUGACUUUGUGUGACAGUGACUACGGUUGAUCUGGCUUUACUGCCACCGUCAAUUUGACGUGCCAUCUCCCUAUAUUUAGCUACAAUUAGAAUGGAAAGUUCUGGUCUACAAGAGACCACCACAGUGCAUUGUAUACUGAAAAAACGGAAUGCAUAACAAAAAUAGAAAUUGAAAGAAUUAAAAUAUUUAUUGGAGGGUUACAUAUUGUAAGUGCCAGAACUGGAAAAUACAGCCUGAAAGAUUUCCAUAUUGUAAUCGUGGUCAUUCAACAAGAAUAGUGGUAUUUAGAAUUUUUGAAAUGUGUUUCAUUUUUUUCACUAAAAACGUAGGGUACAAUAUUAAAGCCUUUUCAGAAUUUUAUUUCUCAUUUCAAUCUGCACAGAUAGGCAAAAACUGUGUAGUUUAAUGUCAUAUAAUUCAUUUAAUUGCACAAUGGAUAAUCACAUAAUUCUAGUAUUUGUGUAGAAUUUCCAAAUCCUGAAUCAUUUCCCAUUCAUUCCAUUGAGAUUGCAUAUUUGCAUAAACCAUUAGCGCAUAUUUCGGAUAUUUUAAUGGAAUUUUGUCCAAUUACAUCGCAUAAUGAUCAAUAAAUAUAUGUUAAAAGUCAGCAUAUGUGGCAUAAAUGAACCAAUAAUUUCCCUAUGAACACACAAAACCACAAAAAAUUUGAAAGCAGAUGCCUAAUUGGCAUGCACUGUCAUUAGCACUGUCUGUUUCACAAAGUUUUGUCUGUAUUCUGCAGCAGUUAAUUUAGUGUGUCUAAGGUUGCACGUAAAAAAAUUUAAAACUUGAAAUGCAGUAUCAGUCGUGACAAAAUUUUACAUUUUUCAAUGCAGGAGAAUCCCUGCAUGUGCCAUUUCAGAAUUUAAGCAAAGGCACAUCUAUGUUACUAAGCAACAGCAGUAACAUUUUAUGUAACAUAUUUUCAUAAAUGGAAUUGUUUUGAGUGCACAUUUGUAGAUUCUGCCAGGUGAUGACCUCGGGUUAGUUGACGCUUUUCAGUGAAAACAGUGUGAUACAGUUUCUCAAGUAUUGUCCUUGGGAUCCUGUGAUUUGAAAUGCCCACAAUGUUUCCUCAUACUAACCCUCAUUUCUCAAAUUCAGUCUUGACCACAGUUUAUAAUUCUUACAUUUUGGCCUUUACAUAUGUUUGCAAAUAUUUACAAAUGUUGCUGCAUAUGAUCGUCAGUGGCUUUAAAUAGUGUACAUGCGCUUCAAUAUUUUCUAAUGAUCUGUAUAUGUGUUUCUUGAUAUAUUGCUCGUGUACAGUCAAUGUGAAUUUUGCACUUGUUACUGUUUUUUUUACAAGGAUGAUUGGUAGAACAUUUUAGUUGUUAUAAAUGUACCAAUGAACAUUCUUAAAAAUACAGUGUGAGUUGUUUCAGACUGCACACUGGUGCCUUUAUUAUGAACAUUUUAAUUGAUAGAAAGUAGUAUUAAAAUGUAUAUACAGUAUUAUUGUGUUUAUUAUGAGUGCAAGAAACACCAGUGAAGAUUGCCUUUUCAUGACAAUACAUGUUUUUGUGAUAUUGAGCAUUCUUAAGACAGUGUGGUUCCACAUUGCAUAAUAGUUAAUAUACGAUCAAAACUGUUUUAUUUUUGUAUGUUUUUUUUGUUUUUUUUACAUCUGUGUGGUAUAUAUUAAGAAAGAAGUAACAUCUGCAUAGCACAUACAGAAAGUAUCAUUCUUUUUACAAAUGGGAAAUGUGUUAACCUUUGAUAUUAUUGUGAAAUUCAUGGAAUCGUCUAAAUAAAAUAACUGAUAUUAAAGCUUA